UGUUACAGGAUAUUGGCUGGAUGGCACUGGCCACCCCCCACUCCUUCACCUGGGAUGUAUUCCCAGGACCCCCUGCCCCUCUUGAAAGCCUGGCUUCCUUUCCGGCUGAGUGCUGUCUUGGGUUGAUUGAUCAGGGCAACUAUUUAUUCUUUAUCUUGUACUACUUUCACCCACCCUCACUAAUUCCCUUUUUCCAGUUGUUCAUCAAGUUUCUAGGGUCUGACUAUCUUGAGGUUGGAGAAGCAGAGGUCUAAGACCAGUCAUCCAGUCUUUGCUGAGAGACUAGAUGAGAUAGGGCCACGUUGGCAAAGCUGUGGCACCCAUGCAGAGCAGGCACUCAGGGAGCUCCUCUGCUCCCCCUCUUCCCAGAGUCCCAGGACAUUUUUUACAUGCCCCACCCCUCUGUCCAGCCUCUCAAAGCAAGCACUUUCUCCCUCAACUCUCUCCGGCAAUCCCAGGCUCACAGACAAUUUGAAUUUGUCCUCUGGGCACUGGAACUGGGAAAAGGUUCACCUAUCCUAAAUUGGGGAUCCUCUAGUUAAGAAAAACAAUGAGGACAUUAGAGAUUAGUCAUUCCCACUGUCCCUGGUCCUAGAAUCAGGGCACACUCAGGCUGGUUCUGGGGAGUGGUAGAUGCAGGGAAAUGAACCCUGGACCAAUCCCCUUUCCUCCCUGAGCCUGUUUCUUCAUCUGUAAAAUAAGAAAACUGGCUGGCUUCCCAGGGCCUAUUCUGUUUCAACUUUCCUGAAACCCCUUCAGGACCCACAGACAAGUUUGGAUCCUGAAGAACACAGAACAUAGGAAGCCCAGAGGUUGCCCUCCAGACUUCAUGCUCAGGAUUGGUGUUUUGGCUAUGCCUCCUUCUGAGCCCCGGAAGGCAAACUAAGGGCAAUGAUGCAGAUUCAGCUGGAUGAGGAGGGAGAUGCCCAGCCCUGGAGUUAAGCAGAAGAGGAACACUGUCAGAGGCCUCUUAUUCAGGCAUUGGUUAAGCUGAAGUCUUCUCUGAGGCAGCAGGGACUCCAGCCAGAUGGGUUAGAUGGCAAUGGAGGAAGGGGGAGGAAGCAGGAAUGCAGAGCUAUGGAUGACAGCCCAGCCCCAUCACCUAGCGACAGCUUCCACAACACCUAGGCUGGGCCAGUGGGCUGUUGACCAGCUAGCAAGUGACCUGGCAUGACACAGCAGCAGACGGAGAAACCGAGGCACAGGGAGAGGUGGAAUCCUCCACGUUCACUGAGUGGCUCUGGGGGGCAGGUGUCCUUCUAGGAACACCUCUAGUCCAGGCCGGACCCUAAUCGGGACCCAGGACCCCAGCCUCAGGGAAGAGGCAGAGCCCAGGGUGGUGCUGUCCCGUUCUGACACCGCCCGGACAGUCGGUCUCGAAGACUGGCCUCACUUGGUAUGGCCGGGAAAAAACCAGGGGAGGCAACCCGGCCAGAGGAGGUGGAGGAGGAAGACCCAGGAUGCCUCCGCAGUAGCGGAGAUGAGCGGCCGCCGGGGCGCCUGCGCACUAUGGAGGAGCCCCAGAGCGGGGCUGCCCAGCCGGGUUCCCGCCGGGGCUCCAUGCUCGGGCAAGUGAUGCUGCCGUCCCGCCGUCCUUCGCUGGCUGCCGCGCUGGGAGCCGGGCCGCGGCGCUCCUCGCUAGGCCUGGGGCUCUCCUCACUCCCCGGGGCGCGUCCUCGACGGGCCCCGCCUCCGACCCUGGGAGCCUGGUUGGGUCCCGGCCCCGCUCCCGGCGCGCGCUGGGAAGCUGCGCAAGUGCAGCAGGCACUGGAGGCUCUGCUCAGUGGGGCGCUGGGCGGGGCGCACUACUCGGCGGGCGGGGCCGGGGCACUGGCGCGCGGCCUCUGCGAGCUAGUGCGCAGGCGUAUAAAGGAGCUACUGCCGCCGCGCUACAAGCUGGUGUGCACCGUGGUGGUCGGGCAGUGCGCGGGCCAGGGCGUCCGCGUGGCAAGCCGCGCGCUCUGGGACGCCUCCAGCGACGGGUACGCGUCCGCUUCGGUGUGCGCAGCCGCGUUCUUCGCCGUGGCGGUGGUGCACGGCGUGUAUUGCGAGUGAGGGGCGGGGCGGAGAAGGAAAUAAAGGGAGCUUACAAUAAA